AUGGGAAAACCCAUAGUAUGCAUAGUGGCAGCUCUUUGCCCUCACAUGGGCAUUGGAUAUCGAGGCGGAUUACCAUGGAAACUUAGCCAAGAGAUGAAAUACUUCAGACAAGUUACGACUUCGACUUUUACAGAGGGUAAAUCAAAUGCCGUUAUCAUGGGAAGACGUACGUGGGAAUCGAUUCCAGCAAAAUUCAGACCUUUGAAAGGCAGAAUCAACGUGGUUCUUUCGAGGCAAUUCCCCAGUUUCCAAAGGGAGGACGACAGAUUUCUAAGUAAUGACUUAUCCCAUGCCAUUAAAUCGCUACAAGAUUUACCCGUCGAGCGUAUUUACAUCAUUGGCGGCGCUCAAUUAUACACGGAAAGCAUUGACAUUGCAACCCAUUGGCUAGUGACAAACAUCCAUUUCAACUCACAAAACGAACAACCUCCACCAGUAGACACUUUUCUUCCGAGACUUACCCACCACGAAGAGGUGUCACCUGAACAACUGGCGGAGUUCCUGCCAAGCCAGGUGGAACUGCCGCCAUUGCAGGCCCUACAGUACGGUAACCACCACUACAGCAUGCAGGAUAACUUCACAUACUGGUAUACCCUAUACGAGAGCCAGAAUACGUAA